UUGAACUUUAGUUGCAAAUUAGAAGCUAUGCUGAGCGAGAGUCGCGUCGUGCUAGCAUCAAGAAAAUCCCAUCUCUUUUUGUGAAGCUUGAGACUGGUGGUAAAGGUGUAGUUUGGAUGGGAAAUUGCAUUCAAGAGAUUUUCUUUAUAUAUAAAUCUCUAGUCCCGUCGGGAGGACAUUUUACGUUUUAGUGGUGAAGUGUAGGGAAAGUCAGUGAUUUCCAUUUUGGGAAAUUUUGUUACAUUUCUUUAUGCAACAUCGUGUACCAUUUCUUCAUCUUGUUUUCUUGGUGUCUCAGCAACAAGGCAGUUUUAUUCUCGGCCAUUUGAAUCUGGUGAUGUGGUGAAUAGUUGGACUCUGGAGACUACAUCUUGAGAGAGUGAGAGGCAAAGAUUGAGUGUGCUUUGCUGAAGGAAUACUCUUGUGGUGAUCGGUGUUAGUGGAUAAGUGAGUGGUCUUAACGCUUUCAUAUACCCCACGCCGUACAACACCAACGUAUAAAUAAAAUUGUUUGAGUGAUUUUGCGAGUGCAGGAAAAGAAAAGAAAAUUGGAUAAACUUAAGAUGAGGCAGAUGUAUAAAAUGAAAAGUGAUCCAUUGAGAUAAUUAAAAAAAAAAAGUUGGCUAUUUUGGCGAACGUAUUUGGUGGUGAAAGGAACAUCACAGAGUGGACAGAAAGUGUCCACGAGGAAAAUAAUCAUCUUGAAAACGUCGAUUUUGGCGUGCAAAAGCAAGUGCAAAAGAGAGCUCAUUUUGUUUGGUGAAAAGUAGCUUACAAGAUGGAAUUGAAAGUUCUUCACUUACUCGCAAUAGCCACACUUAUGUGCCAAUUGGUUGCAACACAGUCAAAUGAAGCAAAUGCGACACAAGUGUCUGAAUCUGUAUCCGAUGCGAUAUCAGUUGUGCCACUGAAAGUCUCCGCGGAGAACACCACAUCUGUGGGGGUGGAUGUUAACCAAAAAGAUGACCAAAAAGAACUGGAAAGUGGAGGCGCUCUCGAUGGCACGACCGAGAGCCACUCACCAACUCCAAAAGUGGAUGCCACCUCCCAAUCAAUGGGAGAUUCAUUAGCAACGGAGGAAAGUAGGAAGAGCACAAUCAGCCCAUUAUUCCUCCCAACAACGGUCGUCCCCAGUGAAAAUGACACGGAAAAAACGACGGAGAGUGCAUUGAUACCUGUUUCACAUGCUCAAGGCACUAAUCCGUCCACAGCAGUGACACCUCCGGCACAGGAAGCUAGAGGUCGAGCCAUCAAUUUCACUUCAAUUGACAACGGAGAUUCUGAUGCUGUGCGACAGACAACACCAUCUCCUGACAUGUCCUCCACGGUCAAUCCGAUAAAUUAUGUAACUGCGGCAACAGGUGCUGCCACACGGAAGCCGAUUAUAGACCUCAGUGACGUCAGCAUGGAUGAAGAAGACAACGAGGAGCAUUCUGCACCAAUUACAUCAAAUGUCUGCAUGUUCGAGGGGCAGAGCUUCAAGCUCCACGAUGUGAGUGAUCGAGGAUGCGAUGAACGCUGUAUUUGCCGGGAUGGUGGCAAAUGGGAUUGUUCACCGCGAUGCUCUGGGAUCUUCUUCAAGCGUGGCAAAGUGCUGGAUGAUCCACGUUGCCAUGAGAAGGGAGCUGCAGAUGAGUGCUGUGCUGUUAUGGUGUGCCCCGAGUCGAUGGCAUCGGAUGAGGAGAUGGAAUUCAAAACUGAAGAUGCUGUGAAUUCUCCUCCGAGCGGCGGGAAGUGUAUGUACAAUGGGACAGAAUAUGGUUUUGGGGCCACGAUCGAGGAGGGAUGCGAGAGGGUUUGCAAGUGUCACGGUACGGGGCAAGUCACGUGCGAACCGCGCUGCCACAAAAUGAAUGAAACAUCAUCGGAUCAGUGUGUUAAAGUGAAGGAUCCAACUGAUCUAUGUUGCGAAAUUGAAUUGUGCGACGUUACUCUUGGGGAUGGUGAGCCUCACAUGGGGGAUAAGAACAUGGGGGAUCGUCCGUGUGAGUACAAGGGGCAGCAGUACAAGUUGGGUGAUCAAUUUCACGAUGGAUGCACAGCUCUGUGUAUCUGCACGGAUGCUGGAAUUCACUGUGCCAAGUUGGAGUGCCCCUCGAGCUUUGGGCUUGAUGUGAUCAAUCCGCACUGCCUAAAAUGGGAGCCAGAUCCCGCAACCUUCCGCGCCAUUGCACCAAAAUGCUGCCCCGAAAGGAUGCGUUGUGUGGACAAUGGGACAUGCGAGUACCAGGGGCAGAUGUUUGACAAUUGGUCUGAGAUUCCGGCCAAUAUUACGGGCUGUGAUCAACACUGCUACUGCGAGAGGGGUACAGUUGAGUGUCGUCCUGCUUGUCCACCUGUCCCGGCUCUUCCGCCUUCGCAUCUGCCCUGCCAUCCACGUACAGCUCGCCUCAUGCUUAUGCCGGAUGAUGAUUGCUGCAAACAGUGGGCAUGUCCAAGUGAUCCCAGCAAUGGCAUCGGACAUGAAGGAAUGAUCAUUGCACCAACACCACCACCAACGCAGAAAGAUGGUGAGAGAGACAACAAAUCCCAACCAUUCUAUCCCACAUCCGAUGGUAAAGCCCCCAAAGGGGUUGUGCAGGAUAAACCGGGCAAGAAGUACACCAAGGAGGACAACAAAACCGAAAAGACUCAGUCGCAUGAUCCCUUUGCUCACCUCCUUGGGGAUCACAAUAAAUUUGACUAUGUCAACUAUGACGAGGAUAUUAGGCAGAAUCAACCAGGACCGGGAUACUUCAAUCCUGCCACCGUCAAUAAGCACCACUAUCCGGGGCAAUAUCCGCAGAAUCAGGGACCACCGGGACAUGCGGAAAAGCCCCUGCCACCGGAACUGUUCAAUGUUUUAGGACAAACUGGCCACAACUUUGGUCAGCAUCUCACAAUUGAGCAGAUUUUGCAGCAUAUUCAGGGUGCCGAUGGAGGUGCAGAACCCCUGUUGCAUGGACAGAAUGUUAAUGUGCCAUACCCAUAUGGAGCAGAUCCACACGAUCAUCGUCUUCCGUCUCAUAGACCUGUUGUAGUACCUCCUACAGGAGUCCCAGGAGGUUUUCCAGCUCUUCAACCGAAUCUUCAGGUACUCGCUCUCGAUGCAAUUGAUUCACGCACCGUACGGAUAAUCUUCAUUGUUCCCGAAGUCUUUGUUGGGCUGCAUGGACGUGUGGAGUUGAGGUACACUAAUGGACGAUCCAAUGAUACAGCCACGUGGACUAGUCAGGUUUUCGCACCACCGGAAGAUUUGAUUGCAACAUCCCAAAUGGAAUUUGAACUUCCUGGCUUGGAACCGAAUACGGAGUACAAGAUAAAGAUCACACUGAUUCUGCGUGAUCUAAACGCCCAGCCGUCGAGUCAGAUCUACACGGUGAGAAUGCCAGCUGAACGGACCAUAACACCCCCGUCGAACAUUGACUACCAUCAAUCGCACAUUUCGGAUGUUCUGAAGAAAGCUUCUGAUCCGGAACUUCGGGCUGUGGAGAGGAAUUCAACGUGGCUCAAACUCGAGUGGAAUAAGUUGUCAGAGGAUGAAAUUGAGUAUGUCGAUGGGAUCCAGUUGCGUUACAAGGAACAAUCGGGAAUGCUCUAUGAUGCUACGCCGUUGAUUCACAGAACUCUAACAACGCACACCAUUGAGAACCUAAAGCCUGAUACAAGCUACGAAGUUGGUCUGUUCCUAAUUCCCUUCCCAGGACAUGGUGCUGAACUUCUAGCUGGUGAAAUGGUAAAGUUGGCUACAACAACGAAAAUCGACAUGUUCGCCUUCGAGGUUGUGGUCAAUGUAACAAAGGUCAAGGCUAGUAGUGUUGAAGUUUCAUGGAGCGGUGUACCAUAUCCGGAGGAUAAGUUUGUCAACAUCUACCGAGCCAUCUACCAAAGUGAUGCCGGAAAGGAGGAUUCGAGUGUCUUCAAAGUGGCCAAGAGGGAUUCAACGCAGGGGGCCCUAAUUAUGGAUCUCAAACCCGGUACAAGGUACCGUCUGUGGUUGGAAAUGUACCUCACAAAUGGCAACAUCAAGAAGAGUAAUGUCGUGAACUUCCUCACGAAGCCAGGUGGACCAGCUACUCCCGGUAAAACGGGCAAACUGCUAACAAGUGGAGAUAAUACGGAACCCGCAGGUGACUACUACGGACCCCUCGUUGUGGUUGCUGUUGUUGCUGCUCUGGCAGUCAUGUCCACCCUUAUCCUUCUCCUGAUCUUAACACGAAGGAGGGCACAUCAGACCGCUUCAAUUACACCACCACGGAAAAAUGAUGUAUCCUACGACAAUCCUAGCUAUAAGGUUGAAAUUCAACAGGAAACAAUGAAUCUGUAAGAAGAGCAAUGUAAGGGGUCCUCAGGAGAGGACAUAUUUCCGUCCAGAGACUCUACAAAAGCAUUUUCCAUACUAUCUCUAGUGAGUCCGAAUGUUUGUUGUGCGUGUGAAUAGUGUGUGACUGUAUAUAAUUAUAUUGUAUUGACGGUAUAUGACCCUUAAAAAUCAUAUGAAUCCUCAUCUAUAUAUAAGAAAUUGUGUGUAAAUAAGUGAAAAAGAAAAAUAAAUUGUAAUAAAUUUGUAUACCAAGAAA